UUCUGAUUUCGCAGCUCAGCGCGUUUGUUCGCGGUCAGUGUGUGUGUGUGUGUGUGUAUGUGUACUGACUGUAGAGGUAAUCUCAACUAAACAUAAACUAACAUGUCUGUGGCUUUCGCACCGCACCGGCAGCGCGCCAAGGGCGAUAUAACGCCUGCCGGGAUACAAAAGUUACUGGAUGAAAACAAUCAAUUGAUUCAGUGCAUCAUGGACUUCCAGAGUAAAGGAAAAACAGCUGAAUGUUCACACUAUCAACAGAUGCUACACAGAAAUCUAGUGUAUCUGGCCACAAUAGCAGACUCCAAUCAGAACAUGCAGUCUCUGCUUCCGGCCCCGCCCACUCAGAACAUGCCCAUGAAUCAGAGUGGAGCGACUCCACAGCUCCCCCACGGUCACAGUAUGCCGUCAGACGGGCCGCCCGCCCCACACAUGCAGAGCCAGAUGAACGGACAGAUGCCAGGUCCAAACCACAUGUCCAUGCAGGGCCCCGGCCCCAACCAGACACCCAGCAUACCCAGUGGCUCCAUGAACAUACCGCCCAGCAGCCAUGGCUCAAUGGGGGCGUAUAACCACACAGUGCCCUCCUCGCAGGGAAUCCAGUCACAGGGGCAGAUGAACAUGAGCCAGGGUCAGCCCAUGGGCAAUUACGGCCCUCGACCCAGCAUGAACAUGCAGCCCAAUCAGGGGCCUAUGAUGCAUCAGCAGGCUCCUUCCCAACAGUACAACAUGCCCCCUUCUGGUGGCAGUGGGCAGCAUUACCAGGGGCAGCAGAACCCCAUGGGCAUUAUGGGUCAAGGCAAUCACGUGAUGGGACAGAGGCCCAUGCCACCCUACAGGCCGCCACAUCAAGGACCUCCUCAGCAAUAUCCUGGUCAAGAGGAAUAUUACACGGAGCAAUACAGCCAUGGAGCACAGGGAGCGCCAGAGGGAAAUGCACAGUAUGGUCAGCAGCAAGAGGCGUAUCAGCAGGGUCCGCCGCAGCAGCAGGGUUACCCACCGCAGCAGCAGUACACGGGACAGCAGGGAUAUCCUGGACAGCAGCAGGCCUAUGAUUUUACAAGAGAACAGCAACAACACAAAAAAAGUCCAUCUCAAGGCGCUCCAAGUCAGUAUCCAAACUACCCCCAGAGUCAAGGGCAGCAGUAUUCAGCCUACAGACCACCACAGCCCGGACCACCACAAGGACAGCCACAGCGCCCCUAUGCGUUUGACCAGGGGCAGUAUGGCAACUACCAGCAGUAGAUGACGAGCAUUUGAAUUCCCACCCUAGCAUUUCCAAUUUGGAGCUGUGUGUGAUCAGAUGAAGGGCUGUCGUGCUCUCGAAAUCUCUACACAUCACCUACGAAGAGAUGAAUCUUCCCACUAACGUAGACUGAACUCUUCAUUCGGCCACAAGCAUUUGAACAAACCGAUCAACGAUUGGCUCGAUUCUCAGCACAGGUGAUCUAUUCGUGAAACGCCCAUAAAACUCACUCGACAAAAAAAAAGAGAAAGCGUACACAUUUUAAGAAAUUCCUGUCGACUCGUACGUGCAUCGUUGAGUUUAACAGAGAAGCAAUUUCACAGCAGCAAUGCCUUAAGUGAAACAGCUGCCUUAUUUACAGCAACUUACAAAAUCAGUGAAAAUACGUAAACACACACAGCAAUGGAACGUGUUUUGUUUUUUUAAUAAAAUUCAUUGUGCGUUGUUGUUUUUUUUAUUUUCUCCUCUCCUGCAAAUGUCAGAGAAGCAAUAAUGCUGAGGUGCGAAUGAAGGCUAGUGGAGAGGUGGAAAAUGGUUUUAAAUUUCAGGUUCAGAACUAUGCUAUGAUGUAUAAAUGUAUUUUAUGCUUUAUCAAAUAGAGCUCAGAUUGAGUCCAGGUGUUGAACAGUAGCUCAAAGUGUCGUCCCGUGUGCUUAUUGACUGUAUUGAAUUUUUGUUUUCUUUCGUUUUUGAAGGUGGGACGUUCCAUUUUAAAAUUACCUGUAUGUCUUGCUGAAAUUUGAUUAAAACAAUCUGGUACUGUA